AUGUCGGCCGGAUAUCGCUUUGAAGGGGGAAAUGUUUACAAUCAGUACCUCACGGAAACGAAUAUUGAGAGCCUGACAGCUACAGACUUUGUUAAUUUGACGCUUCUUAAUAGCAUAAUUCUCACAGAAAAUGAGAAACUGAGGACUAUUGAGCAAGGAACGUUCGAUAACUUAAUCGAAGUAACACGAAUUGAUGUGACCCACUCGCCACUUUUGAAAAACUUGGACCAAGGUGUUUUUGGAUACCUGCCGCACUUGAGUAGUUUGUCAUUUGAAAAGUGUGGUCUGGAAAGAAUACCCAAUCUGACGUCACUGGUCAACGAAAACUCUCUCAAGAAACUAGUAUUUUCCGAUAACAAGAUAUAUUCCCUGGAGCCGUACAGUUUCAGCACGUUCUCGUUCGAAAUCUACACACUAACCCUCUCAGGAAAUGACAUCUCGACAGUUCCUGGCAGGGUGUUUGCCGGCGCUAAGAUCACGGUCUUAAUCUUGUCCAAAAAUCCCAUUUCUGAGGUGGAUGACAACAUGUUUGAUGGCAUAGAGGGACUUCGAGAAGUGUAUUUGUCUGACACGAGCAUCAGCAGGCUGCCAACCAAGGGCUUGAAAGACAUCACUUUGUUGGACAUUCAGGGCACGCCAAAUCUCAAGCAUUUCCCGCCAUUAUUUCGUUUCCAGAGCAUCAGCACCGCUAAGCUGCACUACUUUAGCCAUUGCUGUGCUUUCUACUAUAACACCACAGAGAACACACACAUGGCUAAGAUGCACAACAUAACCGAGGCGGUGGAAGAUGUGGACUGUCCUACAAGCACCAGCCAGCCGGUUCGUUCUGCUUCGCCCUUUGAGUUCUUAGACAACCGAGAGGCGUCUAUACCGAGGGGUAGUCGAGAGAUACUGGAUGAAUACAUCCAGAGUGCUGUUGUCCCCCCGAAUAAGGAAUCCUCGAUGGGCCAUUCUUUCUUCAUUCCAGUAAACAACGAGUCGCUCAUGGCCGUUACGGGAGAACCGUUCAUUGGACCCUUCGGUGCAGACGACACGUCCGAUAUGGGAUUCCGUGAAGAGGUGGUGGAUCCACACGUAACGCAUGUCAUUUACGGUAGCACAUGUCACGACAUUGUCCCCAAGAACUACUCCAAAGUUAACUGUUCACCCCUACCAGAUCCGUUCAAUCCCUGCUCUGACGUCAUGGGGUAUCCAUUCUUACGGGUGAUAGUAUGGUUCAUUGCGAGUACAGCUAUGAUAGGCAACCUUGUUGUGAUGGUCGUUUUGAUAGCGUACAGGCAUAAGAUGACCGUGCCUAAGUUUCUCAUGUGCAACUUGGCAUUUGCUGAUUUCUGUAUGGGUAUUUACCUCUUGAUGGUUGCUGCCGUAGACGUACAUACUCUCGGUGCCUACUUCAACUACGCCAUAGACUGGCAGUUCGGUGCAGGCUGCAAGAUAGCUGGUUUCAUAUCGGUGUUCUCCAGCGAGUUGUCUGUUUUUACCCUAACUGUCCUGACGAUCGAGCGGUGGUACACAAUUAUUUAUGCGAUAGACUUAAACAAACGCAUUCGAUUACGACAGGCUGGUCGCAUCUUGCUUGGUGGUUGGUUCUUUGCAAUUGUCAUAGCCUCGUUGCCGUUCUUGGGUGUGGCUGGGUAUGGCGUUACGAGCAUGUGUCUGCCCUUCUACGUCAGGAAAACGGACAGCGCAGCCGCAGUUGCCUACGUCAUUUUUAUUUUGUUGUUUAACGCACUGGCCUUCAUAGUCAUCUGCGCAUGUUACAUCAAGAUGUACGUUACGGUAAGGAAUCCACAUUCUGCCAUGCAAAGGAAAGAUUCUAAAGUAGCCAAGCGAAUGGCGGUCCUCAUCUUUACUGAUUUGGCAUGCUGGGCUCCAAUCGCCAUCAACGGCCUCUCGUCAAUAUUUAACGGCAAGAACGCCCUACUCACCACCGACCAAACUAAAGUCUUCAUUGUCUUGUUCUAUCCAAUCAAUUCCUGCGCCAAUCCCUUCCUGUAUGCGAUCUUCACCAGAGCAUUUCGACGUGAUCUAUUCCUCCUGUUGGCAAAGCACGGCAUGUGCGAGAAACGCGCCAUGAAGUACCGGCCGACGUAUACCAGCAGCCCCCGCUCAAUGUCCCAGGUUAACUCCACUACAAUGCGUGACGUGUGCCCUAAGGGCUCCUCCCAUAGGGGUUCAUCAGCGUCUGUCAUGACGCAGAUUACCAGCGAUGCUCGCCCAUCUAUGGUGUCUUUCGACAAGGAGAGCCCGGAUAACAGCCCUAAAAUGAACAUUGAGCUUCAGUUUGUAGUCACUCCGGGAUCCUCACUUCAAAGCCAAAUCCCAGAGGAUACCAGUAUUUCAAACCAGUUGGAAGUUUCCCACUCACCAAAUACAGGCAGUAAGGCGGGUGGCAUCAAGAAAUUAAAUGAAUACUCCUACAUAUUGGAUGGGUUACCACCAGUACCGGAAGAGCAUAACAGUGACCGUCCGGAGCCCUCCUCUAAGCCGUUCCAGACUGAGCUGGACGACAAUCUCAAUCCGUGUCGACCGGGCAAUCCGCUUAUCAUCGAGCAUUGUGUGUCCGACAACUUUGUCGACAUGGAACCGGUCAACCGUGAAAGCUCUUCGUUACUUUCAUACGUAGCUGGCAAUGGUGACGUGGACGCAGCGUUAACCAAUGGCAACCGGACAGACAUUGGUAUCCAAUCAGUGACUCCCAAUGAUCAUGAAGUCAAUUCCAAGUUGAUACAGAUGAAUCUAACAAAAGCGGAUGACGUCGAAACUACUCUUUAAUUAACUUCGUGUUUAAGACGACUGCCCCGACGAAAACCAUACCAAAGAACUAUUAUGCUGGAUAUCUUCAAACGAUUAGGCCUAUCUGAAAACCACGAAAUGCACGUAAUCUGGUACCUAUCGGUGGUCAAGAAAUCACGUGCAAACUGAAGCCCAGUUCAUACAUCAUGUGAAUGCGAUGCGAAAUUGUGACGUCACAGUUUGACGUCACAGUGGACCAAUCAAAACAUAUCCAAUGAAAACAUUGUGUCCAAUAAAAUCACUGCUUCUAAAAAGCAAGAACCGGUCCUUGCGGAUAAAGACAGGGGGACACACUUUUACAAACACUUGAGGACGCUCCAUAUCCACAGUGAUGUACAAUUUCCAUUCCUUCUGUCCAUUGGCCAUCAAGGAUGCUGGCCUAAAUAGCAGUAGUUACGAAAGACCGAACAACGGUAAAUUUUAUGUACCGAGUCAAAAUUGUAAUAAUAGCACUCCAUUGUACACAAUAUUAUAGCCUAAUUUGCGACUACAAGUUCUCAAUUCAUUUGUGGAAGGUGUGUGUGAGAUGGUCUGCUCACCAUUAUGGAUUCGAGGUAUAAACAAAAUAUAGUUAUUGUUUGAUGCUACGUUUUAGUUAAUCAUUAUGCGACAUUAAUGGGCAUUCACAAGAAGAUAACAACAAAUGUAAAUAGUUGGUGACGUUAGAUUGUUCGAUUUUUGCAUCCAUUACACUUUUCUGUAAAGUAUUUAUAUCUGUAUCAGAUUCAAUACAAGGGAGGCAGGCAAUUUUUUCUUCUUUCUUUUAUUUUAGGUUUUCCCGUUUAUUUUUUUAAUACGAAUGCAAAAUUGGCCACCCAUUUGGCAAAAAUGACCGGAGAAACCUUGUGAGCAUAAACCUAGCAAAAGACGUGCAACAACCAGAAAGGAAAAAAACAAGUGUAGAUUUUUGAUUUUACCGGCUUGUUUACGGGUACACCAUGUUAUCUCUGUUGUUCCGAUGUUUGGUCUAUUUUAUUCUAACCGUCGUCUUUCUGGCAGGGGCCGUUUCAACAAAGAGCUAAGAUUGAUCCUCAAUGUGUAUAAAUGAAGUGUGACGUCACAAAUGUACAUGACAAUACUGACAACUCAUCUCAAGAUCAAUCUUUAAUAGUGCUUUGUGAAAUCGAGCGAAAAAUCGAGUGCAAGGAUGAAGUUUAGUUAAAAAAUAUAUCUAAAUACAUCAUGAAAAGCCUCAAAUCCUACAAAGAGCAGACUUGCUUAUCGGGAAGACUUCUUAGAAUAGAAUUGAGAUCAGGAGAUAUGAAUAAGUGACAGAUAUUAUUGUUGCAAAUAAUAGUUAGGCCUAAUGGCCUGACGUUUCGACCCUAGCAGAGUUUUUCUAGAAUAGAAGGCUAAAAGACAACACAAACCUGAACAGGUAACUAAGUGUCCUGCAGUCGAUUUCACGAAACGCUAGGAUUGAUCCUAUCUCGAGUUAGGACGAGU